CAAGCCGCUGCUGCGAUUCCUAUGGAGAGAUUUACAGAAAGAUAAACCGGCAGAGGUAUAUGAAUGGCAAGUGCUUCCCUUUGGAACUACAUGCAGUCCCUGCUGUGUUACAUUUGCUUUACAGAAGCAUGUUCAGGAUCACAGUGAGUCCAUAGACACACAGGUUUCCGUGGAGAAAUCUUUUUAUGUUGACAACUGCCUUCAAAGCUUCACCUCCAGUGAAAUGGCCAAAGACCUAGUAGACAGACUCUGCAGCCUCUUAAGCUCGGGAGGCUUUGACUUAAGGCAGUGGGCGAGCAAUGAUCCAUCAGUCAUCAGUCACUUACCAACUGACGUUCAAUCCCAAAGCAGCAUUCAGUGGCUUAGUGAAGGUCAUCAGAACGCACAGGAGUCAACUCUUGGUUUGCACUGGCACUGUUUAUCAGACACCUUGUCAUAUAAACCUCGCAACCUUGACCACUCCCCACCUACAAUGCGGAGCAUCUACCAUGUUCUAGCCAGCCAGUAUGACCCCAUUGGCUACAUUGUGCCAUUUACUACACGAGCCAAAGUAAUUGUGCAGAGAUUAUGGGACAAGAAGAGAGAGUGGGAUGACCCUAGAUUGCCUGAGGAACUGUUAAGCUCAUGGAAAGCCUGGGUGAACGAGCUGGACGAAUUACAGAACAUCAACUGGCCAAGGUGUUACUGUAGCAAAGAGCUCGAUCAUCAUACUAGUGUAAGGCAGAUUCAUAUUUUCUGUGAUGCUUCAGAGCAAGCUUACGGCUCCGUAGCAUACCUGCGGACGGAAGACCAGGGUAGAGUGGAAGUAGCCUUUGUCACCGCCCGAUCCCGUGUAGCUCCUAAGAAACAGCAAACCAUUCCUCGCUUGGAGCUAUGCGCAGCUCUGACUGGCGCACAACUUGCAAAAGUUUUGAGAACAGAGCUAACUUUGCCUAUCCAAAGCAUUACUCUGUGGUCUGAUUCCACAACUGUGCUUAACUGGCUUCUGUCACAAUCUUGCCGAUUCAAAGUGUUUGUAGGCACCAGAGUGGCUGAAAUACAGAAGCUCACGGAGUCUGAUACCUGGAGGUAUGUGCCUUCACAGGACAACCCUGCAGAUGACAUCACGAAAGGUAGAUCUAUCCGUGACAUAGGCCGUGAAAGCAGAUGGUACAGUGGGCCCAAAUUUCUUAGCCAAACAUCUCAUAGCUGGCCAGAGAUGCUGCCGCUAACCACCACUAAUCAUGACAACGAACUGAGAAAGUCUGCCUUUUGUGGUUUAACAACUUCCACUGUGCCUACACCAGACCUGCAGCAGUACUCAACCUAUACAGAUUUGCUGAAAGCCUAUAUUCAACAUGACAAUACACCAACAGCAGAUGACUAUAAAGGAGCAGAGCUGGCAGCUCUUCGUAAGAUUCAAACUGACUCCUUCGCAGAGGAACUGUCAUGCUUAAGAGCAAACAAACCCUUGCCAAAACAUAGUCGAUUGUUAUGCUUAGCUCCUGAAUUCGAUGAUGUCAUAGAACUUAUACGUGUUGGUGGCCGCCUCCGUCAAUACAGCCAACUGGAAGAAGAUGCCAUUCAUCCUAUCGUCCUUGACUCACGCCACCCAAUUACCAAACUAAUAAUCAAAGAAUAUGACAAUCAAUUGCAUCACCCAGGGCCAGACAGGGUGUUUGCUGAGCUUCGAAGAAAGUACUGGGUGUUACGUGGACGAGCAGCAGUCAAAAGUCACCAACGGCAAUGCACAGAGUGUCAAAGAUGGCGGGGACAACCACACCCUCCCAAAAUGGCAGAUCUUCCUCAGGCCAGAUUAAGGAUCCAUCAACCAGUAUUUUAUUCCACGGGUGUAGACUGUUUCGGACCUUACACUAUAAAAGUGGGACGUAGGAAUGAAAAGAGAUGGGGAAUCAUUUUUAAAUGCAUGACCUCACGGGCAGUCCAUAUUGAUAUACUUACCAGUAUAGACACAGAUUCCUUCUUGAUGGCCCUACGGAGAUUCAUAGCCAGACGCGGCAAACCCUUUGAGCUCUUGGCAGACCAGGGUACCAAUUUCAGAGGAGGAGAAAGAGAACUAAGAGAAUCAUUUAUGGCUCUUCAUCCUGAGUUACAAGCUCACCUCGCCAGCCAGCAGAUAAGAUUUCUCUUUAACCCACCCAGUGCACCUCACUUCGGAGGAUGCUGGGAGAGAGAAAUACGUUCUCUAAAGGCAGCGCUUCAAGUCACACUUGGCGCCCAGACGGUCAGUGAAGAAGUACUGAGAACAGUCCUUAUAGAAAUAGAAGGUAUUCUCAACUCCAAACCCAUUGCCUACACCUCUUCUGACAUUGCGGAUCCAGACCAAGUAACUCCAAACCUCUUGUUGAUGGGGCGGCGGGAUGCCUCAUUACCUCAAGUCACAUACCAUGAUUCUGAACUCUUAAGCCGUAGAAGAUGGAAGCAUAGUCAGCUCCUCGCUGAUCACUUUUGGAGACACUUUAUUCGUCACUACCUACCAAACCUUCAGAUUAGGCAGAAAUGGAAAACAGGAGGAACUGAUCUGCAGAUUGGAGAUACCGUUAUGAUCAUAGACCAGCAAUUGCCACGUGCUUUGUGGCCUGUGGGAAAGGUUGUUCAGGAACAUCCUGGAACUGAUAAGAGAAUUAGAUCGGCAGAGAUACAGGUGAAAGACAAAACUUACACCCGACCUGUAGCCAAGUUAGUAUGUCUGCCCCCUCUCCAUGAUUAACUCCCAUCCUGGACUGAUAGAAAGAUGAGCCACUUUUAUAAAUCAAAUUCACAAGGUGAAUUUGGGGGCGGCUGUAGAAACUAAAUGCCUACUACAUGGACUUUCCCAAACACCCCUAUCGUUUCAUCAGAAAUGGACUGUUCCAAAAGUUCGCACUGGGGUUGCUAGGUUACGGAGCGGGAGAGAGAACCGUAUAGCGGAGUUGGCUGCACGUUGUAGAUAGUUUAUAGACCGAAACAGGUGGAUUAAGUGCCAAAUUAUUGAAGUGUUUAUUGAUUAUGUAUACGUGUGCGUGCAUCACGAUAACCACACAUUUCUUAUUCAAUAAACAAACCUACAUUUCUUGAGAUAUCGUUGUCUUGACCAGCAACCUGUAGCCUUCAGCAAUCCAACCAGUGGUUGAAAAAGAGAUUUUACA